AUGUCCUCCGCAGCCCCCCAUGCCUCCCUGACGCGCGCCUCGGUCGAAGCCGCCCACGCCCUCAUCAAGCCGCACAUCCAUGACACGCCCGUCUUGACCAACACCACCCUAAACACUCUCGCCAAUACGCCUCAAGCUCCAGAAGCACUCCAGGGAACACAAUGGGAAGGCCAAGAGCCCGCUAAGCCCAAGGUGAACCUCUUCUUCAAGUGCGAAAACUUCCAGCGCAUCGGCGCCUUCAAAGUACGCGGCGCUUUCCAUGCCGUCACGCGAUUGAUCGAACAGGACGGAUUGGAAGCAGUGCAGAGCAAGGGAGUAGUCACACACAGUAGCGGUGCGUCUACUUAUAACCAUACCGGGCAGGCAGGACUGACAUCAACAGGAAACCAUGCGCAGGCCCUCGCGCUUGCCGCAAGAACCUUCUCCAUACCCGCACACAUCGUCAUGCCCUCGAUAUCCACGCCCUCGAAGAUAGCCGGCACGCGGUCACAAGACGCCAACAUCCACUUCUCCGGCUCCACGAGCACCGAACGCGAAGCCGUCGUCGCAGACGUAAUCAAGGACACAGGCGCUACCCUGAUCCCUCCCUACGACCAUCCCCACAUCAUACUCGGCCAGGGCACCAUGGCGCUGGAGAUACAGCAUCAAGUCAGCAAGCUUCUGGGAAGCGGCGAGAAGCUCGACGCUGUCAUCGCGCCCUGUGGUGGCGGCGGCAUGCUGAGCGGCAUCGCAGUCGCUCUCCACCGCACUGGGGUACGUGUCUUCGGCGCAGAACCUAGUUUCCAGGGUGGUGACGAUGCGACGAGGGGCGUCGAAGCGGGCGAACGCGUUACCAGCGUCAAGACCCUGACAAUCGCCGAUGGCCUGCGUACGCCCCUCGGUGACCAUACAUGGGGUGUUAUCUCGAACAAGGACUAUGUGCAUAGUCUCUACGCCGUCACAGAGCAGAACAUCAAAGAUGCGAUGAAGCUGGUGUUGGAGAGGAUGAAGUGUUUUGUCGAGCCGAGCGCGGUCGUGGGUCUGGCGACUAUACUGUACAACGAGGACUUUAGGAAGAUGGUUGAGAGGGAGGCUGGGGAUAAGGGCUGGAACAUUGGCGUCGUCUUCAGUGGGGGAAAUACCACGAUCGAGGCCAUCACCAAGAUCUUUGCUGAAGUGCCGGAGGAGAGGGCGCAGAGACAAGAAGGUGUGUUGGGUACAGAUGGGCGGAGGGUGGCUGAGAACGUUGCCGGUUAG